AGAGUUUCAGAAAAAGUUAUUAAUUAUUCUCUAAUUUCAUACCAAUAUUGAGAACAACAACAAAAUAAAUACAUUUAAAAAUUGUAUCAUAAAAAGUGUUAUAAAAUUUUUAUAAUAAAAAUACUUUUUAUAAUAAAAAGUGAACGAAAAUGUUGUCAUUGAUGGCAAAAGUGGGCACUAAUUGCCCGAAGAUAUUGUGCCAAACAUUGAUCCGACAAUUCAGCGAAUUCUCCAGAAAUACAUUAAUCGAUGCGUCCAUUGGUCUGAACGCAGAACAAAGACAACUCCAAGAGAUGGCUUAUCAGUUCAGUAUCAAUGAGUUCAGACCACACAUGAGGGAAUGGGAUCAAAAUGAAUACCUUCCCGUCGAUAAGCUCCGCAAAAGCGCGGAAUUAGGUUUCGGAGGACUGUAUACACCGGCCGAGAAGGGAGGCACUGGUCUCUCACGGCUGGACACCUCCAUUGUGAUCGAGGCUCUGGCACAGGGAUGUGUGUCCACCACAGCCCUGUUGUCCAUUCACAACAUGGUCUGUGCGAUGAUCGCCCAGUUUGGGAACGACCGCCAAAUUCAGACACUUAUUCCCGAUUUGGUUUCGAUGCGAAAGAUAGGCGCCUAUUGUCUGACGGAACCCAACGCCGGCUCCGACGCCGCAAACCUCGAGACCAGAGCCCAGAAAUUCAAAGAUUCUUAUAUUUUGAACGGAACCAAAAGCUUCAUCAGCGGUGGCGGAGAGAGUGAUGUGUUUCUCGUGAUGUGCAGAACGGGUGGCGCCGGACCUAAAGUAGAAAAAGGCAGCGAAGGGCUCAGUUUCGGACAUAAAGAGAGCAAAAUGGGUUGGAAUAGUCAGCCCACCCGUCAGGUGAUACUCGAAGACUGUAAAGUGUCCGCUAAUAACCUGUUGGGCAGCGAAGGCAUUGGUUUCAACAUAGCCAUGAGUGGCAUCAACGGAGGCCGCGUUAAUAUAGCCUCGUGUUCAUUAGGAGGGGCCCAAUGGGCACUGGAGGAGACAUUGAGAUACACCUGCGAUCGCAAACAGUUCGGUCAACCCAUCGCCGACUUCCAGAACACUCGCUUCGAAUUGGCGACAAUGGCUUCGGAUCUGUUGUCCUCUCGAUUAGCCGUCCGAAUGGCCGCCAAAGCCAUGGAUGACAAACAGAUGGGUUUAGACACGAACGACACUCACAUCCCUGUCAGCUCACUGUGCGCUAUGUCUAAACUGUUAGCCACAGAGCGCUGCCAUAAUAUCAUUGAUCGCUGCCUUCAACUUUUCGGAGGUUAUGGAUACCUAAAAGAUUACCCUAUUCAACAAUUAUUGAGAGAUACAAGGGUUCACCGGAUACUGGAGGGAACUAAUGAGAUAAUGAAAGUGAUAAUCGCUAAAGACUUAAUUGACAAACACAUUGAAUCGCAUCUAACCAAUAAUUCUCGGAAACCCAUGUCCUUUACUAAUGGUAUAUCUAAGGAUAAAAGUGAACAUUUGUUACAAAACAAUAGAAGUGCAGUAGCAUCAUAGUGAUCCAGUUAAUUAUAACGUUUAUAA